CGCCGCGCCGUCUCCUCCCUGCCUGAGUCUCUCUCGGAUUUCCGCUGUCUGCAAGCCGGCGAACACAGCCUGAGAUGGCCGAAAACGGCCAGCCGUCAACAUAUGCCUGCAAGUGCCUAAAUGUGCGGAUCCAUGCGCAGGCCCCACCCGGUCCGCCACAGGAGCCCCCCGACGGGUCACACACACCCGUCUAUGUCGGUGAAGACGGUGUCAGCGUCGCACACAUCCAGCUCACCCUGCGCAACAAGGGCCCGCGCACCGAGCGCAGAGUGGGGGACAGGACGGAGGCGGUCCGCGUCGUGUCGCUCACCUGCCUCGUCUGCGAGUCGCUCGUCUAUCGGAUAUCGCAGGUCGUCCUGCCGGACGUCGAGAGCGGAGAGGGCCUCGUGUUGCCCACCGACGAAUGGGUAGAAAAGGAGGUGCUGAGGAGCGCAGACGGCUGGAUAGAGAUUUCUGCGGACGCCUUGCUUGGAACAGCCAUCGAGGAGGCAGAAGCCUCGCCACAAUACUCGAAAAUUUUCGGUAUCGUACUUCCCUCCGGCGAAUUGCCCGUGACCAAGGACGGGCAUGCGUUCCUUUCGCCGUCUCAGUCCGCCCGGCCAAGCAGCCCAGAAAUCCCCGAGACGAUUCUCCCCCACCUUCCGGACUUGUUCCCGCCGCCGCCAUUUACGCCGACGCACCCAGUGUUCACGCACCUCUCGUCAUGCGCGGCAACAGAGUCCGAACGACUUCGCGCGGAGGGUGAAGCACACAUGAGGCAGGAGCUGCAAAAGACAAUCGCGGCGAUUCAGGCGGAAGAAGCGACGCUGAAGCAGAGUGUGGAACAACUAUGGGCCAAGUUCAAAGGAGUAGUACAAAAGUUCGAGGAGGAGGAUGCCUCCGCGCCGCCCCGACUUCGGCUGAAGACCAGACGGAGCAGCAGUAGAGGCAGGGGUCCUGCAGCUUCAGUACGGGUUACAAACUUUGUCCCUACGCCCAGCCCGCCCCCCAGGCAGAGCCGGCCCUCGGCGGCCGCGCAGUCCGCUCUGUCCGCGUCUCUUGCCACGUCCAACCUCCAAAGUGUCAUGGGACACCGCCAACGCGAGCCAUCGCCGCCCAGCACGUCGUCGAGAUCACCCACGCAGGUCGCGCGCACUGAUUCUCCCUCCACUGCGUCCUCCAAGACGCUGGGCAUGCCGAUCAACGGCGAGGCCGAGAUCCGGGAGGCCUACCGCAGAAACAUGGACGAGUCCCUCGACGUCGCGACGAGUUUCAAAUACAUGACGGAUCUCUCGCAGCACAUCGACGUGCGCCCGCCGCCGAGCGUGGCGGAGGAGCCGGAAGAGGAGGAGUCGUACAAUGAGGUGCCCAGCCCCAGCACGAGUGCGGUGCCACGAGGCCGGUCGCCCAGAGCUGGCAAGAGCGCCAUCAAAAAGCCGAAAUCGAACGGAGACAUCGGGGUCACCAAGGAGCCGGGGUCCCCUGUUCUCAAGGAAAGCCCGCCCAAAGAGCACACCACGCCGACCAAGGGCAAGAGGAAGGUCACGUUUGACGUGAAGCCGGAUGUUGCGAUCAUCGCCGAUGCCACCCCCAAGCUCUCAAGGCCCAAGACUGACAGACCUGAAGAGGAAGUGUUCGAUAUGGAGGGAGAGACUGUCGGCGUAGACACAGACACCUCUGCUCCUGUCUCGCUCGUGCCACCCCAGCAAGAACUUCCAGUGCAGGAGCCUAUCCGCCUCGCGCGGCGUCCUCAUCGUUUCCGGCAGACCGGCAACUCCGGCUUACCCUCGUCGUUGUCAUCAUUGCGCCCAGCAUCACUUCCGGCCCCUUCCGCGAUGCGCCGUAUCAUAUCCCUGGACAAGGCUGAUGGUACGCGCUUGCAGAACAUCAGGGAGUCUGUGCUUUCGCCGCCAGGGGGCAGUGAAGACAUCAAACGGCGCGAUGUCGCGGAGGAAGUGCGCGACUUGCAGGAAGAGGACGAGGACGAGAACGCCGAUCCACGUGAGGCGGAAAUUCUACGCCUGGUGGCUGCGAGCAUGCCGAGUCACAGGAGUGCGUGGAGAAAAGACAGCUCUGCCUGGCGCACGUUCGUCAACAGGCAGAAGCACGACAGCAAGCACAAGGCUAUCCCGGAAGAAGACGAAAGUUCUGCCGCCGACAGCUCUGCGGCCGAAGGGUCUGCGUACUAUGACGAGUCGACUGACUCGAGUAACCCUGACGAGGAGUCAAGAGUUGACGGAGGAACGGUCAUGGCCAAGUCUCUCCCUAUACCCAUCGGGCCGCUGGGUCUCCCGCCGCUCCGUAAGAACACUAACACCGCAGAGUCGAUGGGUAAGGUCUCUGCCGAGGCAAUGCGUCGUGCGUCAUACCGCGAGCGUGACCGGAUGCGCUCCAUCGACCCCGGUACACUUGAUUUCGACUUCGAGGAUGACGUCGAGGACGAGUUGGGCUCGCUUCCGGAGAAGGACGACCAGGCGGCUGGGAAGUCGAUGCAGCGCGCGCUGAACAUCCUCCAGAAACACAGCGAGAUACCCGGAGCUGGCAUGUGGCGCAGUCUGGCGUAAGGCAGAUGUUGGAGUCCACGCUAAUCUGAAAGCUAUAUAUUGUACAGGCCCCAUCUAAUCGUUUAUAUCCACCUCAACGUUGUAUCACAUACCAAGCUGACAGCCCUGUGUCCGCUCGCUCCGAUAUCCACGCCCUUCAACCCCGCCCAUCGCCUUCAUGCAGUCCUUGUCUGCUCUGCAACUCAUUGUUUGUGCUUUCUAUUUGUGCUCUCAUGUAUCAUUUGUGUAACAUUAUACGCUCCUCAUUGUCGAUUGUGCAGUCCCUAAACGGACUGUCCUUCGGAACUUGUUGCAUUUGCAGUACCCAUUUCUUGAUGUUAUCACCAGCAGCCUCUGUAUGCUAAUAGGCCUCCUCUCCCACCUCUGCCCAUCGGACUGUAAAUUACCUGUAGCAGUAGUCGUGGCGGACGCUGAACCAAUUUAAUCCUGCGCUUAU